CUCAGACAGCGGCCACUGUUCAGUACAACAGUCCGCCGCAGAGGCCCUUUAAACGCACUCAACUGUCGACGCGACUACUGUACACAUCGGAGUGGUCGGCGUUUUUCAAGAAAAAAAACCCAAAACUGCUUAAGAGGACUGUUUUCAUCGGGGAUACCUGAGUCAAGACACAGAAGUCAGAUUUGAUGCUGGUUUUCGGGGAGCGGUGUGCGACUUCGCGGUCGUGACACGACUUUGACGGGCGCGGUGCGGCGGAGUUGGCGCACUGCUGGACUGGAUAUAUUAUUCGCUUGCAGCCAAGACGGUCGGCACCACCAUUUAUACUGCGUCUGAACCCGUUUCUCCUCUUAUUAUACUGCUUCUUCGGACUCUCAGCGGUUGAAUAGAGAUCGUCUAUACGGGCGUUUCAGCUUGAAUAUGUUGCUGUCAAAGUUUGGUUCAUUUUCGCACAUUUGCAAUCAUUCGAGUAUGGACCAUCUACCAGUGAAAAUACAGCUCCAGCCGGUCAAAGUGGAAAAGGAACCCUUCGAGAAGGUUUACCAAGUGGGAUCUGUUCUGGGAAGCGGAGGAUUCGGGACAGUGUACGCCGGCAACCGCCUCUCUGACGGCGCACCGGUUGCUGUGAAGCAUGUCGCGAAGGAGCGGGUGACGGAGUGGGGCACAAUUAACGGAACUAUGGUGCCUUUGGAGAUCCUGCUGUUGAAGAAGGUCAGCUCGUCUUUUCGCGGAGUUAUCAAAUUGCUGGACUAUUACGAGCGGGCGGACGGCUGGCUCAUCGUCAUGGAGAGGCCGGAGCUCGUCAAGGACCUGUUCGACUUCAUCACCGAGAAGGGCGCCCUGGACGAGGACACGGCUCGGGGCUUUUUCCGCCAGGUUUUGGAGGCGGUCAGACACUGCUACAGCUGUGGCGUGGUGCACAGAGACAUCAAAGAUGAAAACCUGCUGGUGGAUCUACGCACCGGGGAGCUCAAGCUUAUUGAUUUUGGCUCAGGGGCGAUUCUCAAGGACACAGUCUACACCGAUUUCGAUGGUACGAGAGUCUACAGCCCACCGGAGUGGAUCCGCUUCCACAGAUACCACGGGCGCUCUGCAACCGUGUGGUCGCUAGGCGUGCUGCUGUACGACAUGGUGUGCGGAGACAUCCCCUUUGAGCAGGACGAGGAGAUCCUCAGAGGGAGACUGUAUUUCAGGAGGAGGAUCUCAGCCGAAUGCCAGCAGCUGAUUAAAUGGUGCCUGGCUCUGCGGCCCUCAGACCGGCCCACCCUGGAGCAGAUCUGCGACCACCCCUGGAUGAGGGCGGCGGCAGAAUCACCUAAGUCACCGGAGGAGCCUGUGGGCAGCGACAUCCGCCUCAGGACCAUCGACACAGAUUCUUCGUCAAGCACAAGCUCGAGCAAGGAGAGCCUCUGAGCGUGGCUCUGAUGGACUUUGGGGGGAAAAAAAACACACAAAAUCAAACUUUGUGGGGAAAGAAGGGGUGGGGAUAGAGAGACUGAUCCGCAGCUGGGCCCCUGGCCCAGCCUGUCCGGCAAGAAAAAUGUACUUUAAGUUUCCUCUUUUGUAGGGAAUUUCUAAUUUAUUACUUUGUGUUCUAGUUAUCUUAUAGUCCCCAUCCCUUCUUUCAGUUGACUAUAUUUGUUUCUUACUGAGAAACAUCUUACUGUUUGGGCGGUCUUACCAGCACUAUUUAUUCCCCCCUUCCCCUUUUAAACUUUAUUUUACUUAUUACUAGGCUGGUAUAUACAGCUGGCAAGGCCCUCCUAUUCAGACAUGGCUGCUCUCAUAGAGCUCGGAAAUACACUUUUUAUUUAAAUGUUUUCAUUUUGAUUUUGGAGUGCCUUUUUUUGGAAAGCUGCUUUUCUGGGGGGGGCUUUUUGUCAACAACUGUUUUUCUUUUCUUUCCGGAAUAGCCCUCAGUGUGGCGGUUAAGUUGUCUGUACUGUGAUGGAAGGAGUGUUUAGGUUCUUUUUUUUAAAUGUUCUCCCUUCUGUCCUUCCUCUCUCCAUCACUGUAAGCCAACCAGCGCCCAGCUGAGAGGCUAAAGUAGAAUUAGACAGGAGAGAAGGAGGUGGGGGCUCUUCCUGGCAAUGAAAUACUUGAAACACACUCGACUCGACUCUGUGUCGCUCUCUUUAACGCUGCUCACUCACUCUAUAGCCUGAACAGGUGUUUGGAAACUGGAUCCUGUCUUUUCUGAAUGUCUACAAAAUGUCAACACACAGCCCACCUUUUUCUCCCUUUCUGCCCUCAAAUGCCUGUUCCAGGGUUGAUAGCCCUCCUGACCUUUUUUCUUUUUUCGCCUCCCACCAUCUCACUGCUUGACACUACAUGGCCCCCACCCCUUCCUCAGGGUUUGGGGUGUGAAUGCACAAUCAAUGCAAUAUUCAUGGACUCAAUUUUUUUUUUUUCCAAACAAAUAUUGUACAGUGUAUUUUUUUUUCUCUUCUGUGUGUGUGUGUGUGUGUGUACAUUUUUUUCCCCCUCCCCUCAUUUCCUCAUUUGCAUUUAAUUUAUUCGUAAACAUGUAGACAUUCCACACUCUGUGGUUAUUUAUUUAUUUAUUGUCUAUGCUUAAAAUCUCCCCCUUUUUUAAAAUUUUUUUUUUAUUGCAUAUCCUGGCCUUUGGUUUGCAUUCCUUAUAACUUAUUUUUACAUUUCAACUUUUUUCGUUUUUUGAGAUGUUGAGGAUGCACUGAAAACUGUUGUCAAUGUAAAGCAGAAUAAAAACGUUUACUUAAAUUUGAAAAGAAAAAAAAAGCAUUUUGAAUGUUAUUUAACUACUUUUGAAAGAAGUCUGUUAAUGUGGAAUGGAUAAGUAUCAGAGAAAUCCAUCUGGUUUUUGUGCUGUCGAGAUUCGUUUGAGUCCCAUGGAGAACCGAGCGGCAGUUUUUGUUUUCGUCACAUAGCCUCAUAUUUGGAGACCCUUUCAGUUUAGCUGUGUGACUUGUGGCUGUGAAGGAUGCAUAUUACUAUUUUUUUAUUCAAAAUAUUAAACGGUCAUUUUUAUGU